CUUUUCCAAAAAAUUCCCUAGGUUUUCCUCCAUGUACCAAUUAUUUUAACAAUUCUAUAAAACAUUUGUUUAUGAGCUAAUUUAUGAAGCAAUGAUUAAAUAACACAAGCAUAUUUUACAGUUUCACAGUAGUUCUACAAUCAGGAGCCUCGCAAAAGACACUCACACUCAGACUGUCACUUCCUUUAGACAGCCAGUCAAGGGAGGGGGUCCAAAACAUACAGCAGCUACUUAACAGAUGCCUGUUAAACAUAUCAGUUACUGCAUUUGGAGAGCUACUGGGAAUCUCUUUUUCUGAGCUCUCAAUGGCAAACGAUUCACUGAACCUUGCUGAACCUUACCUGUGCCAAACAUCCACUACAAACGUAGUUCUGCCCAUUAUCUACACCAUUAUGUCUAUCACUGGCCUGCCAGGGAAUGCUAUUUCUCUCUGGGUGUUCAUACGCAAAAUUGCUGUCAAAACGUCUACUCACAUCUACCUGAUAAAUCUAGGAAUCUCAAACUUGCUACUCUGCCUCACCAUGCCAUUCCAGGCCAUAUACUACUCACUUGGGACCAAAUGGCACCAGCACAACACCAUGUGCCGAAUGGCAAUAAAUGGUCUAACUCCAGUGAUCCACAUCAAUAUCUGCAUUGGCGUGAUGAUAUUGAGCUGGGUGGCGCUCAGUCGCUUCGCCUCGUUGAUUCAACACUCCCAUGCUGACCGUCCAAGCCGGUGGCUAAAAAUUAUACCAGGUGCCUUCCUCUGUCGAAAACGACAAGUGAAACUGGCCUAUGCUCUGUGCCUGGUCACCUGGGCCAUCGUAACCAUAGCGGUCAUUUCCUUUGUGGUGCUGUACUCGAUCAGUGUGAAGCACAGCAAUGAAAUGUGUUACAGCGUAGCAGUGGAGGUUGGUGGGGAAGGAUCUCAUGUCUUCGCAUUAGUGGCCGUUUCACUGUUCUUUGUCUUCUUCCUGUUGGUCUUAUGCCCUUACAUGGCCGUGAUCAGGCACAUCUGGAGGUCCAGAAGAAGCACAGUCAUUUCAGACAACCAGCGAGUAUAUGCAAGAGUGUUUCGGAAUAUUAUUGUCAUUAUGGUGGUGCUGGUGGUCUGUCUCCUGCCGCACCACAUUUAUAAAGCCAUCUUCAUUCAUAUCAUCAAUGAGCAGUCUUGGUCUGCAUCACCACCAAAAGACGCUUGUCAUCCACUAUCCAUGUAUGUGGAGUUGAAGAACAUCCUGCUCUGUUUAGCAACUCUACGGUGUAGCACAGACCCCAUCAUGUACUUCCUGCUGGACAAGAUGUUUCGUAACCAUGCGCUUAGCCUGCUGAGAUUACACGUUAGUGCAAAAGACAGUCAGUCAUCAAAGUCUAAUGUGGGACAGUUAUCUCUGGUAACAAGUGGGUGUCUUUAGACAUUACUUGAGUAGAUACUAUACACGGACAUAAAGGAGUCUCACUGUGAGAUCCCUAAAUAUUUAGCUCUGGUUCAGGGAGAAACCGACACAAAUCAGACUUGUGCUUCCGUUCCCACACUGGUUUGAAUCACUGGAGUACUUUAUGUAGCUUUAAAGACAAUCUCAGACUUUCCUUUUCUGUUCAAAAUAUUUAGUUCUUACUUAACUGGAGUCAUUAAUUGAGAAAAAUGAUAUCUGUGAAGUAUUUCAAUCAGGUUUUAAAGGCACAAUAUUACAGAAAUUGUGAUUUUUUUUGCCAAUGGAUGCUGGUAAUGUGAUGAUACUUUUGCUUUUAGAUCUUAUGGCAAUGUUUCAUACAACUGAUCUCCCGUCUUGAAACGUGCUGGCAUUUCUGGAAAUGCCAUA